UCAAGUGCGAGAGUCAUUGCUCUGUGCAUCGUGUGCUUUCGUAUCCCUUACACCCGGCAGCUUUGACGGUCAACAAUGACGAGGACAAUAUUACUAGCGUGUGUGCUCUGUCUAACGGCCCAAUCAUUAGCAAUCAGCGAUGACAAAUUCAUCAAAAAGUAUGCCAUGAUGAAAAUCUAUGAAAGUUGCUUUGGCCCCGAAGUCGUGAAGCAACUCCGACAAGAAAUGAAAGAUGCAGUUGCAAAAUGUUGUGCAGCGCCACCUCUCGACGAGCCAUCGAACGACCUUCCAAACGAGCCGCCAAACCAACAGAGCUUGCCGUCCAUCUUGUUUGGCAAGUUGCCGCCCGGUUUCGCCAUGGACCCGAGCACGCAAACCAUAACUAAGCCGCUAGAUGGCGCUCAUGGUCAAGAAAAUAGUUUGCCGCAACCAGAUCAAGGGCAACCACUACAAAGAGUUCCACCAAUCGGAAACAUGCUACCGUUUAGAUCACAAGGGCCCUUUCAGCCGCCAUCACCUUACCCGAUGCCGGGUCAGUACCGCCCGCUAGCGUCACCAUACUACCAGUUUCCAUACAACCCAAUGUUGUACUCCCCACCCGGUCUCCAGUACAACCCGUACGCGUACCAGCAGCAGCCCUUCCAGCAGCAACCCUUCCAGCAGGGGAUGUACCAGACACCGUACUUCGCAGCAAGCAGCAGGAUGUCUCGUGACUUCAACAUGCACCGCGAUGACCAGCGCGAUCGCCUGGAACUCCUCAACAACCGCUACUCAACACUUGGCCGUGUCCGCAACAUCACUUGCGUCAUGCAGGAGUUGGGCUAUGUCGAUCACAACAUGCAACCCAACUAUGAACAGAUCACUCAGCGUAUCAGCAACCUCCCCGUUUCAACUGAAUUGAAAGGAGAUAUCCAAGAUGGAAUGCAGUUCUGCCAGAAAUUCUCGCAAUGUGUACCAGACAUCAAAAGAGACAUGGCACCGCUUUCACAGGAGCUGAUCAAACCAAUGUUCUUCUUCCGUUGUUAUAAGCAUAAGAAAUUAGAAGCGUGUAUAAUGAAAGACAUCCGCGAAAGGUUCACAUCCGAGGAUGAACUGGACACAGAAGGAGACUUCAGGUCUCUCUCAAGAUCAGCCAGGUCGCUGAAAGAUGACCCAUUGGGCGACCCGCGGCUUGAGGCCCUUGAUGAGAUGUCGGCUUACAUGUUCGAUUACCUCAGUGGUGGAAGCAGUUUAGACUAUGACUUGUAUUUGUAAUUACUUUAGCUAAUAUAAUGUACAAAU